AUGCUUGGAGAAACCUUCCUCCUUGAAUGUUUAUCUUCCUUGAUCCUAAUCCAAUUACUUCAAACAUCCAGCGCAAGCCAUAACCCCCAAUGCGACCCUUCUGCCUGUGGCAGGAUUCCUAAUAUUAGCUACCCUUUCCGAUUAAGAGAGGAUCCAAAACACUGUGGCUAUUCCAGCUACGAACUAGUUUGUGAUAACAAUAUUACCUCACUUGAUCUAAAUUCCCAUAAGUACCAUGUGCAAGCCAUCAAUUACCACAAUUUCACUAUUCGUCUUGUUGAUGCUGCCUUAAAAAAUGACAGUUGCUCCUUUCCUCAGUAUUCUCUAUUUCGAUACAACUUCACUAAUAAUUUUCCAUAUACAAUCUCCAGCUACAAGCAAAGAAAACCAAGAAUAUUAGCUGAAGUAGCAUUGCCUAUUACUUUUGUGAGCUGCCCAUAUCCCUUCAAUUCUUCUGUCUUUUCGGAAACUGCUCGUUGUAGCCACAAGGUCUAUGCUUCCAAUGAUUCCAAUUCAUCAACCCGAAGAUACACGUAUGUUAAGGCUGGUGAUUUGAAUGUAACAGAUGUGAGAGAUAUGUGCAGUAUUGAUAUCAUAGUAAUGACAUCGUGGCCAUUUAAGGAUGCGAAUAAUCUUUCGCUUUCAGAAAUCCGUGGCUCUCUUCUAUAUGGGUUUGAGCUUUCAUGGUUCACUGUGAAUAGCAGCAUUUGCAAAAAGGAAAAAUCUUGUUAUCUUGAUGUUGAUGAAAGAGGAUCUAUCCAGUACUAUAGUAAGUCAUGA